AUGCAUCAAAUGUUGAAAGCUGAAAGUACCGUGAAGGAUAUUGAUGACAUUGAAAAAAAUAGCAAUAAUGAUUUAUUAUGUACAGUGUGUGGUGAUCAAGCAACAGGUCGACAUUAUGGAACGAUUGCAUGUAAUGGUUGUAAAGGUUUCUUCAGGCGCACUAUUCGACGUGGUUAUAGAUAUACGUGUCGUUUCAGUAGUAAUUGCAAUAUUGAUAAACAUAAUCGAGCAGUUUGUCGUUCAUGUCGUUAUAUGCGUUGCAUAAAUGCUGGAAUGAAAAUAGAUGCAGUACAAAAUGAGCGUGAUGUGAUCGGUAGGCGCAAUCGUACUCCAUCAACUUCAUCACCUACGACAAGUGUUACCGCUGCUGCAGCGCAAAGUACUACCAGCAAUGGAUUAUCAAAUAUAAAGUUAGAACAAGCCAAAACAACCAAUCGUAAACAUUCUUCUCCCAGUGGACAUUUUAUGGUUUCUUCAACAACUUCGUCUUCAUCUUCAUCAUCGGCUUCAACGUUAUCGUCAUGGGAUACACCACGAUCAUUGCUGGAAAGUCUUCUUCUAUCUGAGAAAAAAAUGCAAAGUUUGAGAGAAACGAUUAUGAAACAAACCGAUGUUCCAUUAUGGACAAAAAAUCAGUUGUAUGGAAAGAAUGAUGCUGGCCGUACAGCAACUAUUAGGGAUAUUUAUACGAGUAUUCAUAGUCAAUUAUUACUUGUAAUUGAAUGGGCCAAAACAUUAUCGCCAUUUGCAGCACUUUCAACCGAUGAUCAGACAGCAUUACUAAAAAAUUAUGCUUCACAGCAUAUUAUUCUCGGUGUUUCAUAUCGAUCCAAAGAUAAUUCCGAUUUCCUGAAGUUACUAAAUGAUUCCUGUAUACCACGUUGUGGUAAUCAUGAUAGUACUGAAUAUCUCGAAAAUAUUUAUUUUCGAGAUUGUGAACGUAUUAUGGAUCAACUUGUUGCACCAAUGAAAUUUCUUAAAAUUGAUGAUGUUGAAUUUGUUGCUUUAAAAGCUUGCGUCCUGUUUAAUCCUGUAGCAAAAGGUUUAUCAAGUGGAAGCGUUAUGGAUGUUUUAGCAACACGUCGACGUAUAUUUGGCGCAUUGGAACAUUAUGUUAGCACGAAGAUUCCAACUGAUGUAAACAGAAUUGGUGAUCUUACAUUCUUCAUAUUAUCACCUUUACAGGCAUUAGCGAAUGCUGUCUGUGAGGAUGUCCUUGUAUUCAAAUUAUCAGGUGUCGCAAAUAUUGAUCAAUUAAUGGAGGAAUUAAUUUUAACUGAAACAAAAGAACGAAAAAUUUCUGGUCGUUUAAAUUCUGAAUAUUUAUCAAUGAAAAAUUUAUAUUCGGAAAGAUUAAAAGCAUCUAAUUCAAGUAAUUCAACUUCAUGUGAUGAUGCAGAAAGUCCUCUCCCAAAUCAAUUAAAUAAUACUUCGACCACAUCAUCACCUGCUGAUGGCAUGAUUAAUGAUUUCGAUGAAUCAUCAUAUCGUCGCUAUUCACCAACAAUUAAUAUAUCCUCUUUUAUUAUAGAUCCAUUUAAAAGUAAUCCAUCAUCACCAAUACAACAUCAAUCAACAAAUGUUCCCGAUAUCAAUUCUGCAGCAUAUUUAUCAACUUGGACGACACAAUCAUCACAUUGUACGACAUAUCUUGAAAAUGACGAUUAUUUUAUAGCUUCAUCAAUGAAUUUAUAA